AUAUCUGCUGCUCCUGAUGGGCCGGACAGUCUGGGCCCAGCUCCCCCGAGAGGUGGUCGGAUCCUCUGGGCUGCUCGGUCGAUGCCUGUGCCACUGACGUCCAGGCAUGAGGUGGUUCCUGCCCUGGAUGCUGGCAGCAGUGACAGCAGCAGCCGCCAGCAGCGUCCUGGCCACGGCCCUCUCUCGAGCCCCUACGACCAUGGACUUUACCCCAGCUCCACUGGAGGACAUCUCCUCACGCCCCCAAUUCUGCAAGUGGCCAUGUGAGUGCCCACCGUCCCCACCCCGCUGCCCACUGGGGGUCAGCCUUAUCACAGAUGGCUGUGAAUGCUGUAAGAUGUGUGCUCAGCAGCUUGGGGACAACUGCACGGAGGCUGCCAUCUGUGACCCCCACCGGGGCCUCUACUGUGACUACAGCGGGGACCGCCCGAGGUACGCAAUAGGAGUGUGUGCACAGGUGGUCGGUGUAGGCUGCGUCCUGGAUGGGGUGCGCUACAACAAUGGCCAGUCCUUCCAGCCUAACUGCAAGUACAACUGCACAUGCAUCGACGGUGCGGUGGGCUGCACACCACUGUGCCUCCGAGUGCGCCCCCCGCGUCUCUGGUGCCCCCACCCGCGGCGCGUGAGCAUACCCGGCCACUGCUGUGAGCAGUGGGUGUGUGAGGACGACGCCAGGAGGCCACGCAAGACCGCACCUCGUGACACAGGAGCCUUCGAUGCUGUGGGUGAGAUAGAGCCGUGGCACAGGAACUGUAUAGCCUACACAAGCCCCUGGAGCCCUUGUUCCACCAGCUGCGGCUUGGGGGUCUCCACUCGGAUCUCCAAUGUUAAUGCCCAGUGCUGGCCUGAGCAAGAAAGCCGCCUCUGCAACCUGCGGCCAUGCGAUGUGGACAUCCGUACACUCAUUAAGGAAGGGAAGAAGUGUCUGGCUGUGUACCAGCCAGAGGCAUCCAUGAACUUCACCCUCGCUGGCUGCAUCAGCACACGCUCCUAUCAACCCAAAUACUGUGGAGUUUGCAUGGACAGCAGGUGCUGCAUCCCCUACAAGUCCAAGACCAUCAAUGUGUCCUUCCAGUGUCCUGAUGGGCUUGGCUUCUCCCGCCAGGUCCUAUGGAUUAAUGCCUGCUUCUGCAACCUGAGCUGUAGGAAUCCCAAUGACAUCUUUGCUGACUUGGAAUCCUAUCCUGACUUCUCAGAAAUUGCCAACUAGGCAGGCACAAAUCUUGGGUCUUGGAGACUGACCCAAUGCCUGUGAAGCAGUCAGCCCUAUGGUCAAUAACUUUUCACCAUUGAGCCUUAUUUUGUCAAUUUCCUACUCAUUCCUAGUUACCCUGAUCUGGACCCUUAGCCUCCUUUUCUGUCUCUAACCACCCAAAAGACCCAUGAUGGUGCUGCUCAGGCCCAUACUAUGAGUUUUCUCCUUGACAUCAUUCAGCACCUACUCUAAAGAAAAAUGCCUGUCUCUAGCUGUUCUGGACUAUACCCAAGCCUGAUCCAGCCUUUCCAAGUCACUAGAAGUCCUGCUGGAUCUUGCCUAAAUCCCAAGAAAUUGAAUCAGGUAGACUUCUAAUAUCACCAAUUUCUUCUUUAGAUGCCAAACCACAAGACUCUUUGGGUCCAUUCAGAUGGAUAGAUGGAAUUUGGAACAAUAGAAUAAUCUGUUAUUUGUAGCCUGCCAAGAGGUACUGUAAUGGGUAAUUCUGAUGUCAACACACCAAAACUAUCCUGAUUCCAAAUAUGUGUGCACCUCAAGGUCAUCGAACAUUUGCCAAGUGAGGUGAAUAGUUGCUUGAUUUUGAUUUUUAAUGGAAAGUUGUAUCCAUUAACCUGGGCAUUGUUGAGGUUAAGUUUCUCUUCAACCCUACACUGUGAAGGGUACAGGUUAGGUUUAUCCCAGUCAGAAAUAAAAUUUGAUAAACAUUCUUAUUGAUGGGAAAAGCCCCCAGUUAAUACUGCAGAGACAGGACAAGGUCAGCCCAUUUCAGAAGGACCAAUUGACUCUCACACUGAAUCAGCUGCCGAAUGUCAGGGCUUUGGGUACUUGGCCAGGCUCUUCCUUGAAUCUUCUCCCUUGUCCGGCUUGGGGCUCAUAGGAAUUGGUAAGGCCUCUGGACUGGCCUGUCUGGCCCCUGAGAAUGGUGCCCUGGAACAUUCCUCUACUCUUACAGAGCCUUGACAGAUCCAGCUGCAGACCAUGCCAGACCCACUGAAAUGACCAAGACAGGUUCAGGUAGGGGUGUGGGUCAAACCAAGAAGUGGGUCCACUUGGUAGCAGCCUGGGGUGGCCUCUAGAGCUGGAAGCUGUGGUAGUCCAAGGGCCCCCGUGCUCAGGGCACAUCUAUUGCACAGACUCAUUUAACAGCCUUUGGUUCUGCUGACCAAAUGGCCAGUUUCCUGGUAUGAAGAUAGAGGUUUACCAGUUGUUUAGAAACAGAAAUAGACUUAACAAAGGUUUAAACCUGAAGAGGUUGAAGCUAAAAGAAAAAGGUUAUUGUUAAUGAAUAUCAGGCUAUUAUUUAUUGUAUUAGUAAAAUAUAAUAUUUACUGUUAGAAUUCUUUUAUUUAGGGCCUUUUCUGUGCCAGACGUUGCUUUCAGUGCUUUGCAUAUAUUAGCUCACUGAAUCUUCUCGACAGUGUUGAGAAGUUCCAUUAUUUCUGUCCUUACAAAUGUGAAAUGGAAGCUCAUAGAGGUGAGAAAACUCGACCAGAGUCACCCAGUUGGUGAGUGGGAAAGUAGGAUUCAGAUAGAAAUUGGACCGUCUUUAUAACCCAUAUUUUCCCCCCUUUUUUUAGAGCUUCCAGAUGUGUCAGAAUAGGAAAAUAGGAAAACAUACUGGAAUAAGUGGCUUUUUUUCACUGCCAUUUUUCCCUCUUAUUGCCUUUCUAGUUCCUUUUUAAAAGACAAGAAUAUCUGAUUUUCUGAUAAUUUAGGCUCCUAAGCAUCAAAAAAUCAUGGGACACACAAAAAUUCACAAAUCCCCUAUAGCUUCUCCCCUCUUUCCCAUCAGAACCAGCUCUCAUCACACAUUUAAAAGAUGAUUCUGUUUACCCAAUGCUGCAUAUCGAGUGUUGUGUAGUUAUUCACAGGGAAUUCUGUGCAGUGUGCAGAGAGAUUCCUAAACAGGAAAAGGACUAGGAAUAUGUCCUCCUUAGUAUGACCUCCCCAAAACCUAGUCCAGUGCAAGUCAUACAGUGGUGCUCAUUAAAUACUUGAUGAAUACGGGAA